CCUCCCGCCCCCGUGGAGAAAGCACUUCUAAACCUGAAGCUCAGGUGAGCUCAGCACACACACAGGGAGCAUGGACUCGCUGCGCCUGCCACAGCCAAUGGCUGCUCAAAACAAUUGCAACAAAGACCCCAAUGAGAAACAAGGGAAUAAGGGCAAAGAGGUCAAAGCGAGCCCUGCACACUCCACUGUGGCUUUGAUUGAGGAAGAGCAGGAGGACACAGACCCAUGGGAUCUGCCAGAGCUGAAGGACACAGGGGUCCCAUGGUCAGCUCUGGAUACCAAGGGGAAGGUGUUGAGAGUGUUGGUGUCAGUGGGGAAGUUGGUCCUGCUGCUGGGUUUCCUCUACAUGUUCAUCUGCUCUCUGGACAUCCUCAGCUCAGCGUUCCAGCUUGUUGGAGGUAAAGCAGCAGGUGACAUCUUCCAGGACAACAAAGUUCUGUCCAACCCUCUGGCUGGACUUGUCAUUGGUGUCCUGGUUACUCUGCUGGUCCAGAGCUCGUCCACUUCCUCCUCCAUAGUAGUCAGCAUGGUCUCCUCUGGACUGCUUACGGUCCAGCUGGCUGUUCCUAUCAUCAUGGGCACCAACAUCGGCACCUCUGUCACCAACACACUUGUUGCCAUGACGCAGGCAGGUGACCGCAGCACCUUUCGCAGGGCGUUUGCAGGGGCCACAGUGCACGAUUUCUUCAACUGGCUCUCUGUGCUGGUGCUACUGCCUCUGGAGGUUGCCACUGGUUAUUUGUACGUGGUCACCAAGCUGAUCAUUGACUCUUUCAAAAUUGAGAGCGGAGAGGCCCCGGACCUGUUGAAUGUGAUCACUGAUGUCCUCACUGAGUCAAUUAUAGAGUUGGAUCAGUCUGUUAUUAGUGGGAUUGCCACUGGAGACCCAGAAGCCAGGAACAAAAGUCUCAUCAAGAUAUGGUGCCAAACCUUCUCCAACACAACUUUAAUGAACGUCACAGUGCCUGGUCCAGAGAACUGUACGUCUCCGUCUCUCUGCUGGGUCGAUGGCAACUACACCUUCACACUGAAGAACAUUUCUAAAACGUACAAUGUCAAGAAAUGUAAGCAUCUCUUUGUGAACGUGAAUCUGCCUGACCUGGCUGUGGGUCUGAUCCUGUUGGCUCUGUCUCUGCUGGUGCUCUGCUCCUGCCUCAUCCUGAUAGUCAAGCUGCUCAACUCCAUGCUGAAGGGACAGGUUGCUUCAGUCAUCAAGAGGAUCCUUAACACUGAUUUCCCAUUUCCAUUUGGCUGGGUCACAGGUUACAUUGCUAUUUUAGUUGGAGCUGGCAUGACCUUCAUUGUGCAGAGCAGUUCGGUUUUCACUUCUGCUAUUACUCCACUUGUUGGUAUUGGUGUCAUCAGCAUAGAAAGAGCAUACCCAUUGUCUCUGGGUUCAAAUAUUGGCACAACCACCACAGCCAUCCUGGCAGCUAUGGCUAGUCCUGGAGACACACUGGCUAAUGCUCUACAGAUUGCCCUUGUGCACUUCCUGUUCAACAUCUCUGGCAUAAUUCUGUGGUAUCCAGUCCCCUUCACCCGCAUCCCUAUCCGGCUGGCUAAAAGCCUGGGCAACAUCACGGCCUCCUACCGCUGGUUCGCUGCUGUCUACAUCAUCUGCUGCUUCUUCAUUCUACCGCUCUUUGUCUUCAGCCUGUCGCUGGCCGGUUGGCAGGUAUUGGUGGGUGUUGGAGUACCUCUGGUGGUCAUGUUGAUCACCAUCAUGGUCAUUAACAUGUUGCAGAAACGGAAACCCGGGUGUCUGCCUGCAGUACUGAGAUCCUGGGACUUCCUCCCUCUCUGGGCCCAUUCCCUGGCUCCCUGGGACAAAGUGGUUGGUGUGAUUACCGCCAAAUGCUGUUGCUGCUGCAAAUGCUGCCAGGUUGCUGCUGAUGACCAAGAAUACAGAGACAAAGAAUCUGUGAACAAUGACAAGAAAUCACACCCAGCAGUGUACGAUAACCCUGCAAUGAGUGCAGAGAAGGAGAUGGAGAAUGAGAUAAAUUUAGAGCUAAAGAUUCUGAAAAUGACCCGGCUUUGAGAUUUCAUAUAUAUUUGUGUGACUGUUUGUGUAUGAUGCAAAGAAGUGCAUUGGUUAUGGACCAAAUCAAUUUAGGCAAAACUCUGAAAUUCAAGUAAUAUUUAUGUCAUUCCUCCAGUGUAAGACUGGAAAUUCUAUGUAAGAAAUUCUAACUCUCAGCGAAUCAAGAGCCAGACAGAACUGAUAAAAACUGAAGUGGCCUUCAAAGGAUAAGGCUGGCAAUAUUCUUUUUUUUGUUUGUUCUUAUUUUCAACAAAUUCCACAAUGCAUUAGUCCAUUUCUCAGUUUAUCUCAUCCUCUGCUUGGAGGGGAGGGAAGUUCGGGACCUCAUUGUUUUCCCGAUUUGUGGACAUUUUUGGUUGCUUGUCUUAUUCUUUGAAUUAGCUGCUAACUGCUAACUGCUUUUUUUUAGGGUUGGGUGGCACCCAUAAAACAUUGUCAAAAUGUUAUACUCAUCCUUUCCCAUCCCCACCAGCUUCAAGGCGAGACGACUCUGUUCCCCCAUUCCGCAACUGUACCUUUUAUAUGGCAAGGCGGAAUAAUGGCACCAAAAUGGCAGUGUAUAAGGGGCUAAUGUCAUCAUGUUAGCAUGCUAAUGUUAGCAUUUAGCCUUUCAAAGCUGACUGUAGACUCCUAAAGCCCUAUCUUACACAUAGCACAGCCCUACUGUCACUGCUACUUUCAGACCAAUGCAGCUGUCAUUUUUACAGUGAGCGCCCACAUUGUGUAAGAAGCAAAUGUACUUGUGACCAUCUGUGCACUCAUGGGUGUGUAGGUCUUAAAAUGAGGUGUGGUCAGGUGCAAUGUUGGCAUCUUGCUAUUAUGAGGCAGCAAAGUAAUUAGUCAUUAACCAACAAAUACAUGGUCUAAAGUCAAUAGUGCAGUAUUUUCCCGCUAUUUAAAGGGCGUAUUAUUCAGAUAGUAAGAUGUGUCUACCUGGUUCACCGGGUUCACAAUGCACGUACACUUGUUACAUACACACAGACACACAGAUGUAUUGCACAGGUGGGUGAAAUAAUACAUCAUUAAUGAAGAAAACAUUCAGUAUAUGUUCAGAUUAUGCACUGCUUAACUAGCAAAUCUGGAGUUGGACACACCAUAAAUGCACUUGCACCAUGCACUUUAGACAAUGCACUACAUUUAAAACGGCCCUUUAGUCUUCUUGGACACAGAGAUCUAUGCCAUGUGGAGAUGUAUUCAGGCUUUGGCACCACCAUCAGUGCUUGUUAGCUCAAUUAAUUGUAAUAUUUGGUCUUUUAAUGGGAUUUGUGGACAAUAAAAAAAAAAAAAGUAUUUGAGUUUCUAACUUUUGCUCUAAUAGGCUGAAGAAACUGCCACGUAGAUGGCAUUAAAUAAUUAUUAUCCAAAUUGGUUACUGGAUUUUAUCUUAUAAUGAUAAUACUAAAAUGAUGAAAUACAAAUUGUUUGUAUGUAUUCUAAAAUUGAAUAAAGUCAAUAACUUGCAUUCAUAAUAAACAGUUAUUAAAAGAACAGAGGCAAGCUACUCCAGGUUGUAAAAAUGUGAAAACCCUUGAGGUUGCCAUGGCCUCUGUGCACUUACAAACACAUCUGCAGAAAACCUUCUAGACAGAGAGCAGGCUUGGUUUGACAGACACAGACUUUGAAAAUAAUGAACAGAUAUGUUGAUAAUGUUUCCACAUUUCUGUCAGGUGUAAUUGUUUUUUUUUCUUUGUUUUUUUUGUUUUGUUUUUAUAUAUAUAGAUAUAUAUAGAGAGAGAGGGAGAGAGAGAAAACUGUGUAUAAAAGACACAUUGAGAUCCUUACCACAUCGUUUUAUGGUGUAAAAAUUAUUUUGUAAUUAAGAGGGAUAAUUGUAUUCAAGGAAUAUGGAGAUUGAAAUUUGAUGGAUGUGCAUCUUACUAAAUGUUUUUAACUCUCAAUGUUUAAUAAUGGAUUGUAUAUUGUGUCUCCAUAAUACCUUUAUGAACAUUUAAAAAUAAAAGA